AUGGCUACCAACGCCGCCACUCUCUCUCUUUCCUCCUCCUUACUUGAUAGCUCAAAACGAUUCGUUUCGUUUUCUACCGUGCCUUAUCCUUAUCCUUCUCUAUCUCAUUUUGUUCUCAGUCACACCUCCAAGCCUAGGGUUUCCACUCCCUUUGCCUUAGCGGCCGUCGUCAAUGGCCAAACGGCAAUCGUCGAUGGAGAAGAAAAACGACGGAAGCUCGGAAAUCCGACUCAAGUUUACGUUUGCAACCUUCCUAGAAGUUGUGACACUCAACAACUAAUUCCAAUCUUCACUCCUCAUGGAACCGUUCUAUCUGCAGAGGUUUGUCGGAAUGCUGAGACAGGUGCCAGUAAGGGGAGUGCUUAUGUAACUAUGGGAUCUUAUAAUGCUGCUAAAAAUGCAAUUGAUGCAUUGGAUGGAUUGGAUGUUGGUGGACGCGAAGUGCGGGUUAAAUUUUCAGUUCAGAUGAAUACUAAGAAGAAGAAUUUAGAGACAUCGGAUUCACUACCUCCUGUGAGAACUAUAUACUAUGAAGGUCCUUAUAAGGUGUAUGUUGGGAAUCUUGCCAGAACUACUACACCUGAAGAUGUGAGACAUCUGUUUGGUAAAUUUGGAAAUGUGGCUAGUGUGAGGGUGUUGGAAGAUUUGAAACAGGGGAAAAACCGAGUCUACGCUUUUGUAUCUUAUCUUUCUCAGCCAGAACGUGAAGCCUCAAUGUCCCUCAAUGGAACUGAAUUUGGUAGUCGAACUCUAGUGGUUAGAGCGGCUGUGGAGAAGACCGAGACCUAA